GCGGGACGUCGCCGCUUAGUUUCCAAACAUGGCCGUUAAGCCGUUGACUGCAUCUGCUCCUGCGUUCGGCUGACUUAGUCACACUUUGAGGAAGUCGCUGGGAGCUCUGGACUUCGGUAACAGGUGGUUACGAAAAUGUAGACGUCCGUCGGAGGCCUCUGUGUUUUCCUAGCUAGUUAAAGUUACGCGAAUAUAGCAUUUCAAAACUUGUUAUUCCGUACUUUACACUAACUAGGGCGGCGAGCUAACGCCGACGUCCCAACCUUAACUUGGGUCAACUUUUUCCCCCAAUGCGGCUUGCCCGAAAUGGAGGAGUACCACCGUCGUCCAACCAAGAAGUCUGUGUGAAUAUUUCUUUUCCAAGGACGCUUUGGGCUCAACCUUUAGACGGACUUUGACUUAAAAGGCUUCAUUUGAGUCCUUUUUCCUCCACGGUGGAAGCUAGCUGUUCAAAACGCCCAAACCUCGACGGGGCGGACAUAAACAAUGUUUUCUGUCAAACCCAUGAAACCAACCUUCAAGUGUUAUCUUCCUCCUCUGCAGAGUGAAGUGAAGAAAACUGUUGACCCCCCUAUUAAAAAGUUGGAGGCCAAGCUACUUCCAGGGGAGAUAGUAGUUAACGAGGUGAACUUCGUGAGGAAAUGCAUCAGUGCUGAAAGCAGCCAUGAUGACCUGUGGGGGAAGUUGAUCUGUACCAACUUUAAGGUCUCCUUCAUCCCUCAAGAUGCUCCACCUAAACCGAAGUUUCAGCUGUCCCACCUGCUGCUUGGAGAGCAUGAUAUCCCCCUGACAUGUUUAGAGCAUGUGGUAACAGUCAAUGAUACAAAGGGGAAGAAGAAAGUUUUGGGAUCAAACCAGAAACUCAAGUUUAACCCCACUGAGCUCAUCCUUUACUGCAAAGACUUGCGAAUCAUAAGGUUCUGCUUUGACGAGGCCGGGCCUGAGAGUGCUAAAAAGGUUUGUCUCGCUAUUGCUCACUACUCCCACCCAGCUGAUCUGCACCUGCUGUUUGGCUUUGAGUAUCAGGGCCGACGGUACCAUGAAUCCAAAGCUGAGCGACUCAACGAGGGCGUCCGACGAGGAGCAUUACAGACUCCUAUUUUUGAUCGACGGUCUGAGUGGGACCGAGAGAUCAAGAGAACGGGCGCCUCUGAGUGGAGGGUGUGCUCCAUAAACGAGUUUUACCACAUCUCCUCAAGUCUUCCAGAGUACAUUGUGGUCCCAGUUUCUCUAGCAGACCAGGAUCUAAAACAGUACUCUAUAUUCUUAACUGGCAACCGCGUCCCACUUUGGUGCUGGAAUCACCGCAAUGGAAGUGCUCUUGUGCGCAUGGCCAGUGUGUGUGACCCGGUCCAGCAGAGAAAGAUUGAGCAGAGGAUCAUCACUGCCAUCACAAAAAGCCACCCACAGUGCAGUGAAGUCUUCAGUUCAGAUCUGGACAAGUGUCUGCCCAACAUCCAGGACAUCCAGAGUUCUUUCGUCAAAAUCCGACAGAUCUGCGUCAUAGAUCCUUUUGAGGAGUCUGAGGAAAGGUGGCUUUCAUCCAUUGAAAACUCACGAUGGCUUGAGUAUGUCAGGGCCUUCCUGAAGCACGCAGCUGAAAUAGUGUACCACCUGGAUGGGAGGAAUGUAUCAGUCAUUCUCCUAGAGGAAGAGGACCGCGACCUGAACUGCGUGGUGUCCUCCUUGGUGCAGCUCAUGGUGGACCCUCACUAUCGCAGCAUUGUUGGAUUUCAGGGUUUGGUGCAGAAGGAGUGGGUGAUGGCAGGCCAUCGCUUCUUGGAUAGAUGCAACCACUUAAAAAAGAAUGACAAAGAGGAGUCCCCACUGUUCAUGCUGUUCCUGGACUGUGUGUGGCAAAUGAUGAACCAAUAUCCAGCUGCAUUUGAGUUCACAGAAGCCUACCUGACUGUGCUAAGUGAUAGCAUGUGGAUUCCACUCUUCAGCACUUUCCUCUUCAGUUCUCCUAAACAGCGAGCUCAGCAUUUGAUAGACUUUGCAAGGAAUAAAGCCAUCCCUCAAGGGGAGGACCCAGUUGUGUACUUCCCUCCUGUGUGGGACUGGUCACAACAAUUCUCCACCAAAGACCAAACCCUUUUUAACAACCCCAUGUAUGUUGGCAAAGGAGCUGCAUGUGUUCUCAAUGGGGAAGUGAAAAGCUUUAGACGCACAAAGAAAUACGGUUCCAUCUUCCGAGGAGCCUCUGCAUCUCUACGUAAUGGACUGAAAGGUGGAGACGAGGCGAUAACACGACGAGGCUCUCUGGGGUCCGAGCUCAAGCCUGAUUUCUCACCCAUGAAAUAUGUGGUGGAGAGCCCGUCGGAGCGCUUCUUCAGAGAGUGGUUCUCUCGACCCGCUGACCAGCAGGGCCUCCUGAUCCCCUUGCUCACGCCCUCCCACGUCGCCCUCUGGAAGCUCUACUUCCUUCGCUGGGUGCCAGAGGCCUGCAUUUCCAAGGGGGGGUCCAUCACUGCUUACCACAAGCUCUCUCAGCUGGUGGACGAGAUUGAAAUGCUGCAGAAACACCUCAGGCAGUACAAGGCGCCCACUCCGAGUGGCACGCCCCUCCCCAGCCCAAAAGGGCCCCCUGCUGACCAAAGGCGGAUGUAUUUUGAGGCCGCUUCCCCAAAUGAUUCCCCUCCAGAAUUUCUUUCAUCCUCCUUUCCUUUCACCCCAGUAGGAAACCUGUGUCGCCGCAGUAUUCACGGAACCCCCAUCAGCAAGUUUCUGAACGGGGCGAGGAUCUGGCUCUCCACAGAGACGCUCGCUAACGACGCCCUUUGAGAAUGGGCGGGGCUUCGUUUUGAUGGCUGUUACCACUCUUAACCAUGCGGACGAUUAUAGAAAAAUAACUUCUGAUUUUUUUGUAUUCUUUAUAAGCUAGAAUUUGCACCAUUGAUGCUGCAUGAUAAUCUGAGGCAACAACUGGAAGAGCACCAAUAGGAAAAUUGUACCAUUAUUCAUCCAAGUUAAUCAUUACAGAAUGCAGAAGUACAUCCUCCUCAUUGGCCAGUGACGUGCUACUCUGAUGUGCCCUCAUACUGUGAUAUAUUAAAAGCUGUGUAUUAUUUUACCCACUUAAAUCACUCCCGAAAUUUCCUGAAGAUAACCGCUCUUGUUUGUCGAGGUUGUGUGAUUCAAAGAUCCUGUUUGGGAUUGACCUGUGAUGACGUGCCAUGAGAUUAUCCUUCGGGAGUCUCAGUCUGAUCCAGAUUUGAUUGCAGCAACAAUGAUGCAUUUCACCAACACUGAUUUCACAUGUAAUCUUCCAGGAAAUGUGUUGACCAUCUAACUCUUGGGAUUUUUUUUUUUCUUCUGAAUCCAGUACAUCGCACUACUAACCGCCCUGCUAUGCCAAGUGGUGCAAACAAAAUGGAUGUGUGUGCGCACGUGUUUUUCCUACCACAAGCUUAAUGCUAUUUGCUUGCAAAUUCUAUCACUUGUUGGGUGUUUUGCUGUUUUUAACAAAUACUGUAGUGAAUUCAGGGUGCUGAUUUGAGAUUACUUCAAUCUGUGGUAAAUAUACCUCUCUCUUUUUCAGAGAGGUCUCAUCAAAAUUUUUAAAGGCCUUAAACUCUCCAGAUUGACAGAAGAAGAGAGGACUCAAACCAGACGUUUUCUGUAUUAUUAUUUCUGUAUAACUCCUUCGUGUUUUCUCACUGCCGAACCAACGACUGGCUGGUGAAACAGACAAAAUGGAUCAGUUGUGUAAUGGUGGUGAGAAUCUAUUAGUGAGAAUCUUCAGAUCAGGGGUGUGGAUUGGAGCUUGCGGCUUAAGGCCCAUAUGAGGCCCACGAGCAUUUGAUCCGGCCCACAGUGAAAUUCUAAAUGCAAAAUAAAACAAUAGAGAGACAUUUAACCCGCAAAUGCUCAUGUUUGGUAAUUGCACACUUAUUUUCCAUUCCUUUACUAUAGCCCUUUAAGGACUUAAUACAAAUUUAAAUGGCCCCAGAUGGGAAAAAGGUCCCCACCCUUGAUAUUAAACCAUAGAGUGAUCCAUUUCUUGCAAAUGUAAGAUUCGUUGGCAAUAACUAAUAUCGUGUUUGCGAGUGUAUUGUGAGUGCUGCGUUGGCCCUACAAAAAUGCUAUUAAUUGCACAUUAACCCAGUUUAUGGUUCUUUCUAAGGUGGUUGAAUUUAGGUUGGGCAUUUUUUUUUUUAAUAGAUUUUCUAUUUGCUUGAAAUCUAUUUUGUGUGUGUGUGUUAAUGGUACUUCAGUCUGUUAAUUUUGACUAUAUAUUUUAUGGAGAGGUAUUUAUAUGAUGUUACCAUCUGCUGGAUUAUAUGAUGACUGCGUUCACAGUUGGAUGUACCAGCAGAUGUAUUUAUUCACAUUAUGCAAAUGUUCUCUUAAAAGGGAUGCCCUGGCUACUCUGUCUUUUGUGCCUUUUGGGAAGACUUUGUAACAAUGUUCUAUAUAUCUGACUUGUCUACUUGUGUUGAUUUUGAUGGCGUCUUAAACCUUUAACAGGUACUGCACUGAGAAGGGUUUUAUGGUAGAAAAGAGGGCUCAAACAUGUACCAGUAACUAAUCAAUACAUUAUAUUUUCAACUGA